AUGGGGAUGGGCGCCGCCGCCGCCGCGCUCCUGCCGCGGGAGGAACAGUGGUCGACGCUGGAGGACCAACGGGGGGGCGAAUGCCCGCUGCUCUCGUCGGCGUGGAGCCUGCCAGGGCCGCCGGGGGAGGGGAUCGGGAAUGCGAAGCAGGGGGCGCUCCGGCGCGCCGCGGCGCGGGCGUGGGGCGCGCUGGCCGCGGGGGCGGCGGAGAUGUCGGCGCUCGCGCUGUCCGACCCGCGGAAGCCCGUGUUCGCGGCCAAGGUCGCGCUGGCCAUCGCGCUCAUGUCGCUGCUCGCCUUCGUCCGCGAGCCGCGCGACUUCGUCAGCCACUCCGUCUGGGCCCUCCUCACCGCCGUCGUCGUCUUCGAGUUCAGCAUCGGUGCAACACUUAGCAGAGGUUUCAAUAGGGGAUUAGGAACACUUACUGCAGGAGGGCUUGCUCUAGCAAUUGCUGAAUCGGCCAAAAACCUGGGGGAAAUGGAAGAAGUGAUUAUUGUUCUGAGCACCUUCACUGUUGGUUUUUGUACAACCUUGGCAAAGCAGCACCCAAAGAUGAAGCCUUAUGAAUAUGGAUUUCGUGUGUUCUUGCUAACGUUCGGUUAUGUCAUGGUCUCUGGAUACAGCACAGGGAAGUUCACUGAUACAGCUGUAAACAGAUUUGUAUUCAUUGCUCUUGGUGCUGGUGUCAGUCUGGGAAUCAAUAUAGGCAUUUACCCAAUCUGGGCUGGAGAGGACUUGCACAAUUUGGUUGCAAAGAAUUUUGCUGGUGUUGCAAAUUCCUUGGAAGGCUGUGUUGAUGAAUAUCUGAAAUGCAUGGAAUAUGAAAGGAUUUCUUCAAGGAUACUUCUAUAUCAAGCUUCUGAUGAUCCUCUAUACAGUGGGUACAGGGCAGCUAUUGAAGCAUCAGCACAAGAGCAAACCUUGCUAGAUGAUGCUAUAUGGGAACCACCCCAUGGCCCUUACAAAACGAUGAGCUAUCCUUGGAAGAGUUUCACUAAAGUUGGUGGAGCACUGAGGCAUUGUUCCUUCGCAGCCAUGGCACUACAUGGUUGCAUUCUUUCAGAAAUUCAGGCACCAUCGGAAAGCAGAAAGGUCUUUAGUUCAGAAAUUCAUAAAGUGGGCAGAGAAUGUGCUAAAGUGUUGCGCGAGCUUGGGAACAACGUUAAGACAAUGACAAAGUUGAGCUCUUCAGAUAUUCUAUUUGAAGUCCACUUGGCAGCUGAAGAGUUGCAAAAAAAGAUUGAUGAGAGGUCAUAUCUUUUGGUGAAUACUGAAGCGUGGCACACUAGCAAGCGAGCUGAAGGAAUCAAAGAUGCCAUGAAUGCCACCCUUAUCGCGGGAAGAGAAAAUAAGAAUGAAGCGUUGGAACCUACCAUUGCUGAUCAAACUUUGGCGUACCAUUAUAAGACCUUUGCUGCUAGUUCAUUCCGUAGCAGAUAUGAUUCAUCGUCAACCAUAGACGGCUACAAGAAGCUACCACAUUGGCCUGCUCGAACAACGUUCCAUCCAAACCUGCCACUUGAAGACACGGAAUCAAAAACAUAUCAAAGUGCAAGCGCCUUAUCCUUGGCCACAUUUUCCUCGCUUCUAAUCGAGUUUGUUGCCCGGCUACAGAAUGUUGUCUACGCAUUUGAAGAACUGAGUGACAAGGCUAAUUUCAAGGAGCCGGUGGAGGAGCCUGUUGCAGUUAGCAAGGGCGAUGGUGGGUUUGUUGCUAAAAUGUGCAAACUUGUUGGACUCAGGAGCUGA